AAGAGAGAGAUCAGAUGUGGAUGGGAGGGGAGAGAAAGCUCACUGCUGAAGACAGACGGAUUUAGAGAACACAAGUGAUGAAGAACGUGUGAUGCUACGUGAGGCUGCAGAUGCAACAGAAGUGAACAAAAUAGAAGACGAACUUCUGCCCAGGAUCAAGUUUAUUUCACUGUUAUUCUAAGUGUGAUCCGGCCAACAUGCUGCCCUGGAGGAUGGUUCUAGUCGCUCUCUUCUACUGCUGCAUCAAGACAGGUGUCACAAGAUGCCGAAAUAAAGCUCUAUUCCCAGCUGCCAGCAGAGUAAAAAGAGGAGCAACAACAGCAGUGAACACGACCUUCUACAGCUCCUUUGAGGAUGUCCAUCUGUUGUUUGAGAUCCUGAUGUCUGGCGUACAUUUUGAGGACAGUGGAGCAUUUUCAGUCAAAGAUGCUGAACUGGCUUCCCUCCGAAAGACAAGAAACCUGGACGUCAUCUGCGAAGACAUAAUUCCCAAGAAGCUAACGGACAUAUUGAAGCUCAUAUCUGACCUUUCCAACCAUAUCUGUCACCUGGAUCAAGAUGACUUUGAGCGAACCCUGUUGACUUUAGUGUACACCACCCAGCAGAUGGUCAGCUCCACGACUGAACACCAACGGGACGUGUGGGCCGAGUCUUUUGUUAGCUUAUACAAAGCCAUCAAGAAGGAUCUGACACAGACAAACUGAGUGAGCACUGGUGUUGCUACUGAAUGGUUCCAUAUUGAAGUUUAAUAUGUACAUAGGGAAAAAAAACUUGCAUUUUUAUAAAAAUUUCCAUGAAUAGUAGUCAGUAGAUUUGUGCUUUGAGGAAACGUUGCAUCUUGUAUGCUGACAGGCUGAGAGAAAAGUCCUGUCACACAAAUACGUAAAGUGCACAAACAGUUAUUAAAAUAUUGACUGUUACAGCAAAUGUGAGGUACUGUAUGUACACAAAACUAUAUAUUGGAUCUAUAUGUUGCAUUAAAUGUCACAGAUUUAUUUACAUUCA